AUGACUGCAGAUUUGAGGGAGGCCGUGGCCCUGGCGCCUUGGGGCCCAGUGACAGUGAAAAAGGAGGAGGAAGAAGAGGAAAGCUUCCUAGGUCAGGCAUCCAGCCAGCAAGUGCAUUCUGACCACAUCAACGCCGGGGCUCCUGGAGAGGACCCUCGGGAAGGCCUUGAUGGGGCAGAGCAGGAGGAAAAGGGUCAGAACAUGUUCUGGGACAUGGCUGUAGUCCUGAAAGCAACACAGGAGGUGCCUGCUGCUUCAACCCUCAGCAGCUACUCGUUACCGGGGAGUCUGGCCAAGAGCAAGCUACUGGAGACUCACGGGAACAUGGCCUCUCUGGGUGCUGAGACCAAGAACCCACAAUUAUUGGUUCCAAAAACUGAAAUAUGUGAUGAAGCAGAAAAACCCUUCAUGAUAUCAGGAAGGAUCCAGAAAGUUGAUUCUCAAGGACCUGAGUUCAAAGAAGCCUUCGAAAAAGGGAACAUGUUAAAGGGGCAGAGAAUAAAGAGGGAAAAGAAGGACUUCAGGCAAGUGACAGUGGAGGACUGUCAUGUACCUGGAAGCUUCAAAGAAGAAGAAGACCAGAGAUGUCAGAAAUCUGGGGAAAGAUACAACCGAAGUUCUGGCCCUGUUAAAAAACAGAAAAGCCAACCUGGGCAGAAACCUUUUACUUGCAGUGUGUGCGGGAAAGGCUUUAGCCAGAGUGCUAACCUCGUGGUACAUCAGCGGAUCCACACUGGGGAGAAACCCUUUGAGUGUCACGAGUGUGGGAAGGCCUUCAUUCAGAGCGCAAACCUUGUUGUGCAUCAGCGAAUCCACACGGGGCAGAAACCCUACGUUUGUUCCAAAUGUGGGAAAGCCUUCACUCAGAGUUCAAACCUGACUGUCCAUCAAAAAAUUCACUCCUUAGAAAAAACCUUCAAGUGCAGUGAGUGUGAGAAAGCCUUCAGUUACAGCUCACAACUUGCUCGGCACCAGAAAGUGCACAUUACAGAAAAAUGCUAUGAAUGUAACGAGUGUGGGAAAACAUUUACCCGGAGCUCCAACCUCAUCGUCCACCAGAGGAUCCAUACCGGGGAGAAGCCCUUUGCCUGUAAUGACUGUGGCAAAGCCUUCACCCAGAGUGCCAAUCUUAUUGUGCAUCAGCGAAGCCAUACCGGUGAGAAGCCAUAUGAGUGUAAAGAGUGUGGAAAGGCCUUCAGUUGUUUUUCACACCUGAUCGUGCACCAGAGAAUCCACACUGCAGAGAAACCGUAUGACUGCAGCGAGUGUGGAAAAGCCUUCAGUCAGCUCUCUUGCCUUAUUGUGCACCAGAGGAUUCACAGUGGAGACCUUCCUUACGUGUGUAACGAGUGCGGGAAGGCCUUCACCUGCAGCUCAUACCUGCUGAUUCACCAGAGAAUCCAUAAUGGGGAGAAACCUUACACGUGCAAUGAGUGUGGCAAGGCCUUCAGGCAGCGGUCGAGCCUCACUGUGCACCAGAGAACCCACACGGGGGAGAAGCCCUACGAGUGUGAGAAGUGUGGUGCAGCCUUCAUCUCCAACUCCCACCUCAUGCGACACCACAGGACCCACCUCACUGAGUGA